CCAAAACAAACAUCUUUUCGCAGGCUCUAUUUUCUCGCUCCUCUCUGUUUCUCUCUCCAUGAAAGCCAACGCAAACCAAACCCAAAAAUAAAAACCUCCCCAACCUUUUGCGUGAGUAUUUAGUUGCAUGCGGUAUUCGCCUUUUUCCGCUCUCCUUCUCACCUUCUUCUUUUCUUGCCUGACGGAGUCAAUUAAUUCGAGGCUGGAUUGGCGUGCAGUGGAGGUUUGGUGUUAUAUAUAGAGGUUGAUUUGCUGCGUGGUUGGAAGGAUAGGUGUUUGGAAUCCAUGGCGGUUGAAGCUCGGCAUAUUGGUGCGCUUUUUCCGAUGCAGAUGCUUGGGAAUAGGGGAUUGAUGAAUAAUGGCGUUGAAGGCAUUGGGAACGGUCAUGGAACGUUGUUUGGAACCAGUGCGGCGGCGGAAACGGUGGCUCCGAUGUACGGUUCGGCGGUGGUGGGGAAUGCUCCGGCGAAAGGUGUGGCUAUUAAGUCUGAUAGCGGUGUGACUUGUUCUGCUCCGAAUUCGAGGAAGAGGUCGAGAGAUGCGAGCGAUCCUCUGGUUUCUUCACUUCCGACGACCGGUGUUCAUAAUCAGAUUGCGAAUAGCCGCUGCGGUGCUUUUACUUUUCUCGGAGCAGAUUUCUCGUUUCAAUUUCUGCAACAGCAGUUGGAAAUCGAUCGUUUCGUCGCUCAACACACUGAAAAGAUGCGAAGAGAAACCGAAGAGAGGCGGAAGAGAUUCUCUCGCAGCAUCGCCUUAACCGUCGAAGAAACCAUCCUGAAGAAACUGAAAGCCAAGGAGGAAGAAAUCGAUAAGAUCGGAAAACUCAACAUGGCGCUGGAGGAGCGAGUGAAAUCUCUCUGCGUCGAAAAUCAAAUAUGGCGAGAUUUAGCUCAAACAAACGAAGCCACAGCCAACACUCUCCGAUGCAAUCUCGAACAAGUCCUCGCACAAAUCCAAGACGAACAGAAAGAACUGCCGCCGGAAAACGCCGCCGGCGACGACGACGCUCAAUCCUGCUGCGGCAGCACCUCCAACAAAGGCGACCACUGCGGCGGCGAUGAUAAUCGCGAUUACAACAUCCUCCUCACCGACGACGACGGCCGGCGAAGCCGCAACCGCCUCUGCCGGAGCUGCGGGAACAACGAAUCAUCCGUCCUUCUCCUUCCUUGCAGGCAUCUCUGCCUCUGUACGGUCUGCGGAUCCUCUCUUCACAUUUGCCCCGUUUGCAAAUCCUCCAAAACCGCCAGCGUUCACGUUAACCUCACCUCCUAAAAGAAAACAACAAACAAAAAAAAUACCAAUACAGUAGUAGUAGUGAUAGAUCAGCCGAUCCUUUUUAAUCUUUUUAAUGGAAUUUUGUAUUUCUUUUCUUCAUCUGGUAAAAUUUUCCAUUGAUCACUGUAA